AUGCCUAUCAGCGAAGUGCAGCCAUCGUUCCUCCGCGAGGCGUGGGCACUCUACAGCAUCGGAACGAUUAUCUUGCUUUCACGAUUCGGCGUACGGCUCAAAACUGUGGGUUGGCGAGGCCUGCAGGGCGAUGACUUGUUCUCGGCCUGUGUCCUGGUAUUCUAUGCGAUGGAUGCAUUCACAGUACAUUUGAUCUACUUCCUAGGAACCAAUCUUGAAGCGUCAGCCCGGCUCGCUGCGGGCGAAACAUUAUCCGCGAAAGACCUCGAGGAGUACGUCCGAGGCUCCAAGCUUCAGCUUACGGCGUGGUACUCGUAUACCGCACUCAUCUGGAGCCUCAAGGGCACUAUGCUCUGCUUCUUCUCACGAAUGACCAUCGGCACGUGGCACAACAUGUUCGUGAAGGGUGUGUCUAUUGCCAGUGGUCUUUCGUAUAUCGCUGUUUUCCUCACGAUUACAUUUGGUUGCUUUCCUACAUACAAGAACUGGCAGGUGGAUCCUGACCCGGGACUAAAGUGCACCUUCAAGAUGCAGAACUUCUUGGUCACUACAGUUCUCAAUGUCCUUACCGAUGCCAUGAUUCUCACCAUCCCGAUGCCCUUGCUAUGGAAACUCCAGAUUCCCCUGAAGAAGAAAAUUGUCAUUGGCCUUCUUCUAUCCUCGGGUGCCUUCGUUAUCGCCGCGGCCAUCAUUCGUGUCGUUCUGACGCUUUCGGCCAACCCUUCAGCGAUUACCAUCAACAGCUGGGGUGUUCGCGAAACGAUCGUCGGUAUCAUCACUGUCAACAUCCCUAUCCUGCGACCGCUGUUCACCGGCUCAUUCUGGACCUGGGGAAGAAGCCCCAUCUCCAGCUCCAUGCGAACGGUGACUGGAAACGGCAAGUCGACCGACAUCUCCGGACCAUACGAGCUCACGCCGAGCAUCAACGACGGAUCGAACGCGAUCUUGGGUGGCUCCAAGUCGAGAGAACACGGUAGCCAGGAAUCGAUUAUCGGCAAAGACGAUGUUAUGCACGGUGUCAUGGUUCGCACGACAUACGACAUCAGCCACGAGCAAGACGACGGUAGUGACGGUUGGCGCGGCGGUCGAAGAGCAGGCACCAAGGCUUCUGUGCGCGCUGGGGCGAACAAUGUAUGA